AUGGCUUCAGAUCACGAGCACGAGCUGGUGACGGCCUCUCAGAUCCGUCGCUACCGCGGCCUCACAACCGUGCUCAGCUGGCUCAACAUCGCGACCCCAAACGUGAGGAUAAAGAAGGGCAACUACGGCAGCCUGCGGUCUCAGAUCCUCUUCAAGGGCGAGGCCCUCGCCGACAUCCUCGUCCGCGAGGACGAGACCGUCGCCGUCACCUACAACCACACCGAGAAGCGCCUGCAGGUGCUCGCCACGACCGUGAUCCCGAGCCAACACCCCGACAAGGCGGCGGCGCCCACGUCCGCGUACAUCCCCGAGGAGGCCCUGCGGUUCCACCCGGCUUACGACGGCGACUUGCCCGCCGCCUUUGACAACGGCGACGGCGACGGCAACGGCAACGGCAACGGCAACGGCAGGUCGUUCGCGCUGCCCCUGGGCAGCGCGGGCUGGUACCUCAAGCACCGCAGCAGCGGCGUCGUCGUCGACGGCAAGAACACGGUGCCGCCCUUCACCGAGCACUGCGCCGUCGUGUGCGAGCUGCUCAAGCGCAGCCACCGGACCGCCGCGCACCCGGGCGGCGCCGGCCCCUCGGCCCUGAACCGCGACCUGCUGCGCUACCUCUGGCUCGCGGCCGAGCCGGCCGUCAACGCGCGCAUCGCGGCCGGCGGCGCGCCCCAGCCGCACGGCGCCGCGUACCACCCGCGCAACCUGUUCUGGGCGCUCACGCAGGGCCCCGCGCAGCUGCAGGGGCUGGCCGCGGCCGGCGGCGGCGGCGGCGGCUGCGCCGACGCGGCGGCCGUGUACGCGCAGGGCCUGCGGCCCGAGAGGAAGGUGGCGUUCCGGGGCCUGCGGGACGCCAUCCUCGGCGUGGCCAACGACGAGCGCUGGACGAGCGACAUGAUGCUCGACCUCGACGAGAUCGCGUACGACGCGCGGGGCCGCAUGGUCCUCCAGGGCGUCCUGGUCCACACGCUCUCGCUCCUGUGGGUCACCUUCCGCAACAUCCGCCUCACCAAGCUCGAGCUCAUGGCGGCCAAGAAGCGCUUCGUCGAGGAGCCGCACUUCAGCAUCCGGCACGCCCUCCAGAGCUGCGCCUCGAGGCUCGCGGGCCUGCUCGACGAGCAGGCCAACGACGCCACGCGGCACAUGCAGGUCCUGCUGUUCCUGACGCAGGAGUACGAGGACCUGCUCAGGGAGCACUUCCGGUGGCUCCAGGCCGCCCUCCAGCUCCGACACAGCCGCGACGUCAAGCUUGCCCACUCGUACUUCUGGGAGCGGCCCGUCUCCCCGUUUCAGGCGUGCAAGGACGCCGAGAUGCACCUGCACCGCGGCGGCUUCGACGCGAUCGACGCCCUCGAGGGCUUCCCGCCGCGGGCAGCUGGCGAAGGCGGCGAGCACAGCCAGCAAGGCGAGGGCUGCGCCAGCUGGUCCGCCGUGGCCUUGUACUACCUCAAGAGCAUAGUCCUGCACUAUCGUGGCGUGUGUCGCCUGGUCAGAAUCGGCGGCGAUGGGAACGACCUGGCGCUCCGGCGCUCGAAAUGGAUCAGCCAAGUCGGUGUGGACUGCACGCAGGUGGUCGUCGGGCCCGCCCUCGACCAUGACACGAUGUCUUCCGUCAACAGCGUGCUGCGCGGCCUUGUCAAGGAGCCCGACGAGGACAUUGGCCUUGACGAGGACGACGUGCAGAGGCUCGCGUUGAAGAUUGCGUUUAUGAGUCCCGAGCAGGGGCUCGACCCGGCGAAGCUGCUGCAAUGCACGACUUUGUUCGAGGGCACAGCCCACUGCGAGAGCAUCCUGCUGUCUCUGCACCUAUAUGCAGAGCGAAGCAAGAAGUGGGUUAAGAGGGAGAAGGAGACCACCCCGCCUCCUGUCUCCGACACUGCCCAGGAAGACGGACCAGUAUCCCAGGAGCUCCGCGACCUAUCUCGGCAGCUACAGCAUCUCGUGUCAGCCAUCGCACUUUCGAAAGGUUGCUGCGCCGGAUGUUACCAGCUCGUCGAGUACAUGAAGUACGAAUACAGCCAUGGCGACAGGGACGACUACCCUCUAUACCCGGCUAGCAACCAUGCACGCUGGACUCCUUGCACCAUUCCGCCAUGGCUUUCAAAGAGGGCUGCUUCCUUCAUGAUCAGCAGGGCGGAGAAGGCGCUGCUGCGCUGGGCAGACCAGACGACCGAAGUUCCCGAGAGUGAGGAAGACUGA